AUGUCCUUGACGAUACCGCAGCCCUCACAGGCCGGUCUUUUCAAGCCUGGUUACAACAGCUACGACGCCGAAGAUGGCGCUGUCAUCCGCAAUAUCGACGCCUGUCGGACGAUUGCGCAGACCGUCCAGACGUCCCUGGGACCGUAUGGACGAAACAAAAUCGUCAUUAACCACUUGUCCAAGAUGAUCCUGACGUCCGACGCCGCUACAAUCCUACGUGAACUCGAGGUGGUCCAUCCAGCAGCCAAACUACUGGUUAUGGCGAGUCAACAGCAAGAAGCGGAAAUGGGUGACGGAACCAACAUGGUCAUCGUCCUGGCUGGAGAGUUACUGAAGAAAGCGGAAGAGUUGAUACGCAUGGGGCUCAAGACGAGCGAUAUUGUGUCUGGAUAUCAAAAGGCACAGGCAUUUGCUCUGAAGGCACUCGAACAACUUGAAGUCGACAGUAUUGCCGACCUCCGGUCCGCCGAAGAACUGCGCAAAGCCAUUCGAACCGUCGUCGCCUCCAAACAGUCGGGAUCCGAAGAUGUCUUGUCCAAGUUGAUCGCCGAGGCUGUCCUGGCCGUACUCCCCAAAAACCCUGCCAACUUCAACGUCGACAACAUCCGAGUGGUGAAGAUCAUGGGAGGAGACUUGUCGUCGUCCAGAGUCGUGAAGGGUAUGGUGUUCGGCCGCGAACCCGAGGGCACCGUGAAACGAGCCAAGAACGCCAAAGUCGGCGUCUUUUCAUGUCCGAUCGACACCUCGCAGACCGAGACGAAAGGGACAGUGCUUCUGCACAAUGCCAAGGAGAUGAUGGACUUUUCGAAAGGAGAAGAAGCCCAACUAGAGGCGGCAAUCAAGGAACUCUACGACAGCGGGUUGAGAGUGGUCGUGGCUGGGUCUACCGUGGGCGAGCUGGCGCUGCACUACCUCAACCGAAUGGGGAUACUGGUGAUCAAGAUCAUGUCCAAGUUCGAACUUCGUCGACUUUGCCGAGUGUGCGGCGCCACCCCACUCGCACGUCUAGGCGCGCCCAUGCCCGACGAGAUGGGCAGCAUCGACAUCGUCGAGACGACCGAGAUCGGCGGCGACAGAGUCACGGUGUUCCGCCAAGAAUCCGACUCGGCCGUCACGCGGACAGCGACGAUCGUGCUCCGCGGGGCAACCCAGAACCACCUAGACGACGUGGAACGGGCGAUCGACGACGGUGUCAAUGUCAUCAAAGCCGUGACCAAAGAUUCCCGUCUCGUUCCCGGUGCCGGGGCCACGGAAAUGCAACUCGUCGAACGUAUCAGCCACUACGCAGACAAGACGCCCGGCCUGCCGCAAUACGCGAUCCGAAAAUACGCCGAGGCCUUUGAAGUGAUUCCACGCACCCUGGCCGAAACCGCCGGGCUCGACGCCACGGAAGUCCUCGCCCGCCUGUACACCGCGCACCAACAACGUCUGACCUCAAAUGAAGUCAAGAGCCGGCAUUCCUCCAGCAAAGCGGAGGCGAAAGUCGAAAGUGAAAGUGACGACGAAGAAGAAGAGGGCGAAGAAGGCUCCUCAUCCUCGUCCUCGACAGGCACGUCAGACUCCGAAGAGCCGUACUGGACGACCGGCGUCGAUCUGGAAGGAUCCGAUGCUACCGGUCUCCUCGACGCCGUGGAAGAGCAGAUCCUCGAUCUCCUCGUCACCAAGAGCUGGGCGAUUCGGCUCGCGACCGAAGCGGCCAGGACGGUGCUCAGUGUCGAUCAGAUCAUUGUCGCGCGGCAGGCCGGUGGGCCCAAACCGCCAGGGCCGAAUCCGAACUGGGACGAGGACUGA